UACUCCACUCCUCAAUUUAAUGGAUUGGGCGGAAUGACAAAGAAUUACGUUUUUCCCUCUACUAUCCCCAAAAUUGAAAAUAAACCACAAUUUCUGGUGGUUCUUCAUAUCUUCUUAUAACAUUAAUAUUAAUUCAUCAUUUCAUUUCGUUUCAUCUACUUAUUCACAAUACCUCAAGUCUUUUGAUCCACUUGUGGACUAUAGAAAUGGAGAAAGAUCAGGAAAAAGACGAAGAUCGUGAUUUAAUGGAUUUCGAAGAAACUCCAACUCCAACUCGAUCUGUGGCUGACCUUAGAAACAACUUUGAACAAAUAAGUAACGCCACGGCCACUCUUCCUCUAAUGCGGCACCCCAACAACAACGAGGCUAUUGCAAUCAGGAAAUCACAAAGGGGAAGUGUGGUCAGUAGUUCCGCCGAAUCGGCAAGUAGCUUCUUUCAUCGACAAAAUGAAAUGGCCGUCGCCAAGUUGAACAUGAACAAGAGCGAUACUGAUAGCAAUAGUAGCGACGAAUACUAUUACAUUUCCGAAGAUGACGAAGAGGCGAUAGCAAAAUAUAACCAGCAGUUGGCUUUAAAAGUAGGACUGAAGAAACCAUCAUAUUUGGAUUCUGUACAAUUUUCACAACAGAAUGCGUCAUCCUCUGCUUCUAUCCAAUGUCGAAGACGAAACCCAAAUGAACACCAUCAGGCGUCAGAUACUUCGAGCCGAUCAUUUCAAAAUUUCCAGCAGCAGCCAUCGUUGUCCGUAACAUUGGGAUGGUCAUCGUCAUCGUCAUCGUCAUACGCCUCGGUCGCCGCAGCAGGAGGAAGUUACAAUAGGCAGUCGUCUCAUUCGUCGCCUCCUCUGACACCUGCAGCCAGUUCAAAAAUUCCGGACCCUAACCAAGAAUUGUUCCAAUUGGGCAAGUUCGUGAGUAUUAAAGUUGAGAGCGAUUUUAAUGCUACUGAGACAUUCAAGACCAUAUCAUACUACGCAGAAAAUGGUAUUCAUCUUCCUAACAAUUUCGGACCAAAUAAGAAGAUGACCAAAGUUCAUGAAAUUUACAAGCGGAAAAAAGACUCAUCAGUGUUGAACUCUAUCGGGAAGGCGUUCACUUCUGGACCCACUUUCGAAAUGCUGCUGUGGUUAAAAACUACACCCGAAUCGGUACGUAAAUUGGCCGAAGGAAAAGAUACAUGCAUCGCCUUUUACGACCGCCUCUGCCGUGCACUGCCACGCCCAAUCAAGGAAAUGCGGAAUGGCUGGCGUGAAUUGAUUUUACUUUGUAAAGUUGAUGUUGGAAAAAUGUACAAGUCACCACAUGGAUAUUCACGUUGGCAUUUAGACGAAAAUGGACCACCGCGUGGAUCAGAUUCCGUCAAAGGAAAUGGUAAAUUUAUACCUAAUUGGGACCAAAAUGUCAAGGUUGGAAAUAAAAAUAAGCAGAUCGUUCCCUGUGGCCAAACGGUGAUGAAUGCUCGUUAUCGCGACUUCCUGCUUGAAUUUAAUGAAUAUUUGAUAUUUCAUGCGAAACAAAUUGAAGUAAUGUUUGCUGUAGAUGUUGAAAUUUGUGAAGCAGUAGAGGAAAAAAAUGAGAAAACACGUAAAUAAUUAACAGAGAACAAACAUAUUUCAAAAUUA